UAUUUUCCUCUGCAAAAUCAUCAUGUUUUCAUCAAGAUCACUUUCUUCUCCUUUCACUCAAAACCCCUUAAUAAAUCAGGUCAUGGCUUCAAUUAUCCGAAAUAAACCAUUCGAAACAAGUCCCAUAGCUUCACAUUCCCAACACAGUUGGACUGUAGACACAGUUACUCAAGUCUUAAGAUCAAUCCCUAAAUUCCUUUUCCAAUCACCAAGAUCCAUUGGUCGCCAAAAUGGGUUUCGUCAUCGUACCCCAUUAAAACAAAGGAAUUUAAAAGAAGAAUUCAAUAAAGCUCGACAGGGUGUACUUAUUCUUGGUCCAGGUGCUUAUAAAGACCCCGAAAAGGUACAACUUGGAGUGGAAAAAACAUUGGAAUUUUACCAUUGGGUUGAGAAUCAGUGUGGGUUUACUCACAAUGAGCAAACUUGCAAAGAAAUGUCAAUUGUUCUAGCCAAAGGGGGUUGUAAAAUGAAGUUGAUUUUUGAAUUCUUGAAAAAAAUGUCCAGAAGAGGACUCGUUACGACGAUGUCCGUUACGUGUUUGAUAAAAUGCCUAGGAGAAGAAGGGUUGGUAAAUGAAGCAUUGGCUACUUUUUAUAGAAUGAAACAGUUUCAUUGUAAGCCUGAUGUGUAUGCUUAUAAUACUCUUAUAUAUGCUCUUUGUAGAGUUGGGAAUUUUAAAAAGGCGAAGUUUUUGUUUGAGCAAAUGGAGUUGCCAGGUUUUAGGUGUCCACCUGAUGUGUUUACUUAUACAAUCUUGAUUAGUUCUUAUUGUAGGUAUGGUAUGGAAACUGGUUGUAGAAAAGCUAUUAGAAGACGAAUAUGGGAAGCGAAUCACUUGUUUCGGAUUAUGUUGUUUAAAGGGUUUGUCCCUGAUGUCGUCACGUAUAACAGUUUGAUCAAUGGAUGUUGUAAAACUAAUAGGAUAGAGAGGGCAACGGAGUUGUUGGAUGACAUGGUGAAAAGAGGGAUUGCACCUAAUCGAAUUACAUAUAAUUCUUUCAUUAGGUACUAUAGCGCGACGAAUGAGGUUGAUAAGGCUAUCGAAAUGCUGAGAAGAAUGCAAGGAGUAGCAUGUAACAGUGCUUAUACACCGAUAAUUCAUGCCCUGUGUGAAACUGGUAGGGUGGUGGAAGCUAGAGAUUUUCUUGUGGAAUUGGCUGAACAAGGUUCGAUUCCAAGAGAAUAUACUUAUAAACUAGUUCGCGAUGCUCUAGAAUCUGCUGGCAAGAGUGAUUUGCUUGAUGCAGAAUUUUGUACACAACUAGAAGAUGGUAUUAAAUGUAGGAUUAGACAAGUGAUGAAAGUGAAACCUUUGUUGCAGCAUAAAAGUGUUUCAUAGCAUUGAAUUUUUAUGGAUUUUUUUCUUAUCUUGUAAAAACAUUAGGGAUUUAACUUACGUACUGUAAUAGUGUAAUGAAUUGUUAAGCUAUUAGCGUAUUUUAACUUGUUGUACAA